UUACACUUCUGAAGCUCUUUUAGAACGGUGCUGCUUUUACGUGCUACCGCGAAUCCUCGCAAAAUCCGGAAGUGUGUUACACUUUCAAAUGGUAAGAGGAUUUUAGAUUUACACGGUACAAAAACACAUAAUCAACAAUUGCCGUUAAGAUAUCCUUUUUUUCUUUAUCUAAAUGUUGUACAUUAUUUGAUCUGCCUCUGUUUUUCAAUGCCUUUUCGGAAGAAAUAGCGAUGUUCUGUUAUUAACGACGGUCAGGAAGGCAUCGCAAUUCUUUACGUGACGUCAAAACAGGAAGUGUGUAAAUGCAGCUCGAGUGUGUGAUGUGAAGAUGUUUUCACUGUGAUUUGUGUGUUAUGAUGCGGCGCAUAAUUCUAAAGUAACUAAAAUAAAGCGAGCCAUGCAGUCAGAAGACGAAGAGUUUCCUAUUGAGGUUAUUGCUCUGUCCGACUUCACUGGAAAUGGCAGCGAUCAGCUUGCUUUCGCCAAUGGGGACAGACUGCUUGUGCAUGCUAAGCCUUCAUCAGACUGGUGGUGGGCAGAGCUGAGUGGCGUCAUAGGUUAUAUACCUGCCAGCCAUGUUUGCCCCGGUGGAGCUACUGAAGAGGACACAUCCAUGCCGGACCCCUGGCAGGAUGAAGAAUACUUCGACAGCUAUGGAACAUUGAAACUACACCUGGAGAUGUUAGCAGACAGGAGUCGUACCGAGGCCUAUCGGCAGGUUAUCAUUAGUAACAGUGCUUCUCUGAAGGAUAAGGUGAUGAUGGACCUCGGCUGUGGGACUGGCAUCAUCAGCCUCUUCUGUGCUCAACUGGCUCAACCCUCUAUGGUAUAUGCUGUAGAAGCAAGUUCCAUGGCAGAGUACACCAAAAAGCUGGUGAAGCAGAACAACUGUGAAGAGGUGGUUUCAGUCCUGCAGGGACGAGCUGAAGAGAUAGAGCUGCCUGGGCAGGUGGACGUCCUAGUUUCUGAGUGGAUGGGUAACUGCCUACUGUUUGAGUUCAUGGUAGAGUCGGUGCUGCUGGCACGUGACCGCUGGCUGAAGGAAGGAGGUGUGAUGUGGCCCUCGUCGGCAGCCCUCACCCUGGUGCCAUGUCAGGCAGACAGUUACUUUUCAGAAAAAAUGCACUUCUGGGAGCGGCCCUAUGGCCUGGAUUUUACUCCUCUGCAGUCUUUGGCCCAGCAGGAGUUCUUCACCAAACCAAAGUUCAGUUAUCUGAUUGACCCGACCGACUGCCUCAGUACACCCUGUGAUGUCAUCCAGUUGGACAUGUACACUCUACAAGUGAAAGACCUGGAGGAAAUGCACGGUCACUUUCAAUUCUGGAUAGACAGGUCUGGAACUUUCCACGGUUUCACUGCCUGGUUCAAUGUUGAUUUUAAAAGUAUGGAGCCUGGAGGGACAGCAGUGCAGCUGGACACAGGCCCCCACUCUGAGCCGACACACUGGAAGCAGACUCUCUUUAUGUCAGACCGUCCUGUUAGCGUGCAUGAAGGAGACUCCAUCAGUGGGAGCAUUGUCCUGCACAGGAACCCUGUCUGGAGACGUCAUAUGACCGUUUCCCUGCACUGGAACAUCAACAGCAGCUCAAAGGAUGCCAGCAGCUGCCAGGCUGGGACCAAGAGUUUCCCCAUGUGGAGGUGACAAGAACUCAAAAAUAUCAUCUGUAACAAUGAGAAUCCACUGAGUGCCAGUUAUGCAGAGUGCUGCCAGCUGCCGCCCACCACUGAUGGCGUAUU